AUCGCCACACAAUUUGCUCUCAACAAAACAUUCCUCUGGUUUUGAUGAUAACAGUUUUCUCUUUCUUUCUCUUUUUGUUGUUGAUUUUGGGGUCCAAAUUGUUGGUUUUACUAAAAAUAAAAGAGAGGGAAAUAACUAUGUUUUUGCUGAUGGGCUGUUGUUGAGGGAAGUAGGUAUUGUUGGGUUCCUUUCUGGGUUUUAGCAUAAUGGGAAAUUGCUUCUGUAGGUGGGGGCCUUCAAUUUACAGAGUUUCCUCUAAUACUAAGUCAGGUUGGCAAUCGGAUACCUAUCACUGUAGUGCGUCCAUUCUUAUCUGAACGGUACUGUGCUAUUUUUAAUAAUAUGUGUUUAGUUUUGGAGAGAGAAAAAAGAAGAAUUGCUUGCCUUUCUCUUUUAUUUUCAUUUUGUGAUUUGAUAUUUCUGAUCUCACAUGCUGAUAAAGUUCCUUAGUUGUGUUUUGUGUUGCAUGAAUCUUCUUUUAUCUUGAUCAUAUACCCUGAUACACUUUUUUAAGAUUCACUAAUUAACAUAUGAAAGGAAAAGAGAAAAAAGGAAAAAGGAACUUGUUUUCUUCAAUUCUUGUUCCUUGAACAACAUCAUCAGUUUUGAUCUUAUUUAUCAACUUGGAAUAGAAAUUUCUAUCUAUAUUUAUAACUGCACUUCAACGGUAAGAAUGAAGUUGGUGUUUAUGGUAGUCAGGAAUUAAAUAUGUUAUGCUGCAUAUUCUGUUUGUUUUCAGAGUCUCCAAAAGACCAGAGUCCUUCAGAGAAACAGAGGGAAGUUUCUAAGUUACCAUCAAAUCCCGAAGAAGUAGAAGAUCUACGUCGUGAUUCUGCCACAAAUCCACUGAUAGCAUUCACAUUUGAAGAAUUGAAGACAAUCACCGGAAAUUUUAGGCAAGAUCGUGUGUUGGGUGGAGGAGGUUUUGGAAGUGUUUAUAAAGGAUUUAUAACUGAAGAUCUGAGGGAGGGGCUUCAGCCUAUUCAGGUUGCUGUAAAGGUUCAUGAUGGUGAUAACAGUUAUCAAGGGCACAGAGAAUGGCUGGCAGAGGUGAUAUUUUUGGGGCAACUUUCUCAUCCAAAUUUGGUGAAACUGAUUGGUUAUUGCUGUGAAGAUGACCAUCGGGUACUGAUAUAUGAGUAUAUGGCACGGGGAAGUGUUGAAAACAAUCUGUUUUCAAAAGUGCUGCUUCCCCUACCCUGGUCUAUCAGAAUGAAGAUUGCGUUUGGUGCUGCAAAAGGACUUGCAUUUCUCCAUGAAGCCAAGAAGCCUGUCAUCUACCGUGACUUUAAGACAUCUAAUAUUUUGUUGGACUUGGAUUAUAAUGCAAAGCUCUCUGACUUUGGCCUAGCAAAAGAUGGACCUGAGGGAGACAAAUCUCACGUUUCCACUCGCAUAAUGGGAACAUAUGGCUAUGCAGCACCUGAGUACAUAAUGACAGGCCAUCUGACUCCUAGGAGCGAUGUAUACAGCUUUGGCGUUGUUCUUCUUGAACUUCUCACAGGAAGGAAAUCACUGGACAAGUCACGACCAGCCCGUGAACAGAACCUCACAGACUGGGCUCUCCCCCUGCUUAAAGAGAAGAAGAAAUUACUGAACAUUAUAGAUCCAAGAUUAUCAGGAGAUUACCCCAUCAAAGGAGUUCACAAGGCUGCCAUGCUAGCAUAUCAUUGCUUGAACCGGAACCCCAAAGCAAGGCCUUUAAUGCGGGACAUAGUAGAUUCCUUGGAGCCUCUCCAGGUCCCAGAAGACGAUGUCUCAACUGGAAAAGUCAUAACUGUGAUAAGUGGGCUGCCAAAAGAAGAGUUAAAAAGAAAGGAGGAUCCACACUGUAAUUGAAACAUGUCCUGUUUUACGUCUUCCAGUUUCUUUCUGGUCUCAAACAACAGUUUUUUGUUACAUAGCCUUUCAUGAAAUACAUAGUAUGUGCAAAAACGAAAGAUAUCUUUGUUCUAUGAUUUUGUUCUCUUUUUUGUGCUGUUCCUCAAACAUGGUCAUGGUAUAUUGUUACACUCAAAAAGGAAAAUAUAUAUCAUUUUGAACC